AUUCAUAGAUGUCGAUCGCGGAAGAAGACCCGCUUCAGGUAAAUCGGGUGUUCGAUGAACGACAAGCUUCGAACUGUAUCGGUGGUUUAACGGUUUGCGUGUUGACCUGGAUCUUGGUUGGUGAGAUGGUAGCGGCCGUCGAGUACCCAUAAGUACGAAUUCGGUCCGAAACGUGACGUUGAGACUUCCUGAGCUGCGAAAGGCUAGCGCUACUAACGAACCACGCGUGAAAUGGAGUUCAUCACAGUUGAAAUGCCUCGAUGAUAUCAGCAACAUCUUCGACAACCCAAACCGCUCCUCGAUCACAAAAGCGAAACAUCAAUGACGAAGAGAUGUCACCGAUAUCUGGCUCUAGAAGCCACGUCAGCCUCGUCGCGGAAGCGGCCCGUACGAAUAUCCGUUUCAGGGUCUGGGAUCUUGAAGAAACCCAAUAUCCCAACAUCGAUAUCAUCGAAGUACAUGAGCAUGCGAAACAUCAGACUUCCGAUGCCCAACGCUUGACUCCUUUCCCAGUCUGGAAAAGAAACGUCAGACCCCUGGCUUACAGCAGAAACUGCACGUAUGGCUGUUCAACCGCUUCCCCAUCUUGGCGAGGUAGGUGCAUCAGCAAUGCGUUCGUGGGGAUUGCGCACAGACAACCUCGUGGAUAUCAGGCCAUCAUACAAUACGCAAGUGUUUCUGCAACAAACUUGGAAACGAACGAUUGUCUGCUGAUCUGACUUUGCCACUGCCACGCAAAGUAGUUGUGCGUCUGCAAGCGA